ACGGGUCGCUAUCCAUCGACAAUGUCGCAGAUNGACAAAGCUCUCGUACGGGUCGCUAUCCAUCGACAAUGUCGCAGGUUGGUGGUAGUUGGUGUGAGCGAGGACGACGUCCGCUUCGGUUGGACCUACACGGAUAUUAGCAGGUUCGACACCUUCUCGAGCAUGUUGGCGUCGAAGGCAGCGUUCUGGAUGCUUGCGGGGCAAGGGGCGACGCUGUGAGCAGGGUGCUGGGAAAUCAUGGCUUGCGCGUCAUGACGAACGACUUGAUUGCUGCGUGAGUUGGCUGGUGGUUUUGAUUUUUAUUUUCUUGGCAAGCCGGGAAAGUAAAGCCGCAGCGGUAUGAGGUGUAGCUUUCAAGCUGAGACUGUCAUUCCUGGAACCAACUAAAAUGCGUGGUGAAUGGCUGAAAGCGAACCCACCCAGCGCGAUUGUGGUUCUGCCCCGCGCGGUUUACCGCGGUAGGACGUGCCAUUCGACGGAGGCUUGGGUAAUUUGGCACAUUGGUGCAAGUGCAAACACACCCCGGAAGCAGGCUAUUUUUUUCUCCACGUCGUAACAACAUGCGGUGAUAGGAAAUACGAAUAGGCUGCAGAGUGGACGACGAUCCGUCGUGCGUUUUACAUGUCCACAAGUCGACAGGUCUGUUGGGGGGUAGUGUACCGAGCGUGCUCCAUGUAUUUUAUGGGAUAACAUUGUUCGCGCCUCCCCCUCACCCCAUUGUUUUUUUGUUUUCUCUUCGCGGGGUUAUUGUGUUCUUUUAAUUUUCCAAGUCCACACGUCGAUAGGUCUGAUCGGGGUUAGCGUGCCUAGUGUGUCCCGUUCAUUUUACGUAAUAACGUAUUUUGCGGCCCCCGUCCACCCGUUUUUUUUUCUCUUUUUUUUUUAUUUCGGUACGGGGUUGGGCUUUUUUAUUUUUUCGACGACAAGAGGCCUCAGGACGAAUGCUAAGUACCCUGCAAUAAGAAUCAGAGGUACAAUUGUCGCGUGUACCCGUUUACACUUGUGUUGCAGGGUCCCCGAGGGCGUUUUUCGAUACUUUUUUUACCUCGUGAAUGUGCGCAUGUUCGUCCCGUUUCCGAUGUUUCUUUUGUGUUGUUGUCCUUGUCUCUUCUUCCUUGUUUCAUCUUGCCCCUAAUCCCUUCUUGACCGUUUUCGAUCGUAUCUCAAUUUUUUGUUUUGAGUAACGAUGCUAUCACAAAAUUCGCGUGUUGAAUGAUUAUUUCUUGUUCAAAUUUUGGUUCCGUUGGUUGAUUUCUAGAAAGGUGUACCCCUUUGUUGGGGUUGGUAGCCUGUGACCACGGAAGGC